GACUCUCCUCAACCACCAAAUUUGUACUCUUCCUUUCUUUUUCUAGGCAGGCAAACAUUUCCCUUGGCAUUCGAAUGGCUCGUACAAAGCAAACCGCUCGGAAAUCUACUGGAGGCAAGGCCCCAAGGAAGCAGCUAGCCACCAAGGCUGCGAGGAAAUCUGCUCCGGCAACCGGUGGAGUAAAGAAGCCCCACAGGUUUAGACCUGGGACCGUGGCCCUAAGAGAAAUCAGGAAGUAUCAAAAGAGCACGGAGCUUUUGAUCAGGAAGCUUCCAUUCCAGAGAUUGGUUAGGGAAAUUGCUCAAGAUUUCAAGACUGAUCUGAGAUUCCAGAGCAGUGCUGUUGCAGCCCUACAGGAGGCAGCUGAGGCAUAUUUGGUUGGGUUAUUUGAGGAUACGAACUUGUGUGCUAUUCACGCUAAGAGGGUUACUAUCAUGCCUAAGGAUAUUCAGCUGGCACGAAGGAUUAGGGGUGAGCGGGCUUAGGUCGGGGUUAUUUUGUGUUUCUUUGUGUCUUCAAUUUUAGCUUUUGUUCUAGAUCUAGAUUCUUAUGUGAUUAGGGUUUGACUUACAUGUAGUUGAGGAAGAAAUCCUACGGAAAAUCUUAUCCCUUUUUGUUGAAUCAAGUAUUGGAUUUUACCUGCU